AUGAGGGAGUUCACAGUUCCAAGGGUGUUCUUACCAAUUCCCCCCAUAAAAAGUUCAUUACAUAUUACACAUAGGGUAAUAGAUCUUGAUCCAAGGGAAAGAACCUACCCCACAAAUUCGAACUAUUUUUCAACAAUCACAAGACUUUGCAGAUUCAUGUCGCAAGCAAUUCUUGCAUGGGGAAUCAACAAAGUCACGGCAUCCCAGGGAUCUGCUCUUUUUCAGCAUGCAUUCUCGUCAAAUGGCGCAGUUAUCAUGAAAUUCGGGCAAUUCUUGUCAACCCGGCAGGAUAUUCUACCUCACGAAAUUAUAAAACGACUAAAUGCACUGCAGGACAGCGUGGAGCACCAUACUACAAUCACAGACCCAUUGAAGAUAUUUCAAAAUGAAACCGGAGUUGCGCUUAAUCAAGAAUCACUGCAGGGCAGAAUAGGCGCAGGAUGCAUAGCAGAAGUGUUUAAGCUAAAGAUAAAUGAUAAAUACUAUGCAUUAAAAAUAAUCAACCCAACAGUAUACGCAAAUAUCCAUAAAGAAACAAGAAUUAUGGCACUUAUGGCAAGAAUUUUCAAUGUAACCCGAUUCUACAACGAAUUUCAGGAUAAUUUACUGAAGCAGUUUGACUUAAGGAAUGAGUUCCAGAACACAAUCCAAUUUAGACGCAAUUUCAAGGAUUUCCAAGUGCCCACAAAAUUGCCAUUUGGCAUCUCCAAGGUAGCAACCUUGCUGCGCGGCAUAUCAUAUAUAUUCCCAAAGCCAAUAAUAGCCACAGACAAGAUAUUGUUGACAGAAUAUCAUGAAGGCGAUAGGGUUAGGCAGGGAUCACCCCUGAUAGGAAAGAGUGCCUUAAUACUCUUCAUGAAAAUGGUGUUUACAGACGGGUUUGUCCACUCAGACUUACAUCCAGGAAACCUUUCCAUAAUUCAUGGCCUGCAGGAUGGAUCACUCACUUCGAAACUGUUUAAAAAUCACAAAACCGUUAUAAUUUACGAUUCAGGUCUAGCACAGAGUUUCACAAAGACCCAAGUCAAGAAUUUAAAGGACUUAAUUAAGGAACUACUUCUAAAAAACAAAAACAGUGCAAUUUCAUUAAUAAUUAACCGAAAUAAAAUGAAUAAUUUAACGGAAAAUGAAAAGAAAAUAUUCAUUAGAAAGACGCUAAAACUAUGGAAUAACUUCGAAACGAACAAUUUUGACUUGAAAAGUGCUUUAAAUACGUUAUUUAAUAUUUUUGUUUUAAGUGGAUCCAAAGUAUAUCUAGAUGCAUCAUAUACUAAUGCAGUGCUUUCUUCUAUUUAUGUAAAAAGCCUUGUCACUAAUUUUGGCAGAAUUAAUUCUGCAGUGGCCAUGAGUUCUGGCUGUAUGCUGGAUUAUAUGGAUAUUCUUAUACGGGGAUGGCUAAAGCAACAGAACCUAUGA